AUGGGUCCUGGCUAUGUCGAUGGUGAAGACAAGGAUAUGUAUGUUAAAAGUGUCGAAAGAACCGCUAUCUGUAUGGGGAAAAAACAAGAAACCAUUGAAGAUGUUCCAUGUGGAAACACAGUCGCGUUGUUUGGUUUGGAUGAAUUAAUCACCACCGGAAGUGCAACACUAACAGGUCAGAAAGAAACCGAGGCGUGGCCGAUUUGCGCAAUGAAGUUCUCGGUGUCCCCGGUUGUCCGUGUUAUAGUCCAAUGUAAGGUUGAAUCCGAACUCCCGAAACUUCUUAAGGGUUUAAGGAGUCUCGCCAAAUCCGACCCUUUGGUUGGGUACACGCUCGAAGAAUCUGGCAAUUAUACUAUUGGUGUUGUGGGGGAAAUGAAUCUAGCGAUAUGUUCGAAGGAUUUGGCGGAAGAUUAUAUGGGUGGGGCGGAAAUCCUUGUGUCCGAGCCGUAUGUGUCGUUAUAUGAAACUGUUGUUGAGAAAUCCUCACAUCUGGUUAUGACUAAGUCUCGAAAUGGAAAUAACCAAUUGUUCAUGAAAGCAAGAUCACUUGAUGACAGUUUAGGUUAUGCGAUAGAAAUUGGGGAAGUCGGUCCGUCUGACGACCCAGACGUUCGUGGAAAGAUUCUCUCCGAAGAAUACGGUUUGGAAAAAUAUCUCGGAAAGAAGAUCUGGUGUUUUGGUCCUGAAACAAACGGGCAAAACAUGGUUGUCGAUAUGCGUAAGGGAGAUAAGUCCGUGAAAGAAAUUGAAGAUUAUAUUGUUGCUGGUUUUCAGGAGGCAUCUAAAAAAGGUGCUUUAGCUAAUGAGCCAAUGAAGUGUAUAUCUUUUGAGGUGCGUGAUGCGGUACUUCAUGAUGAUGCGUCCCACCUUGAUGGAAGCGAGAUGGUCGAGGCUGCCAAGCGUGCGAUAUACGCGUCUCAACUGACUGCGCAACCGCGGCCGGGGAAAAUGGUGUAUGACAUAUGGGCAUAUGUUCCUGUGUUAAAGUCCUUUGGAUUUUCUGCUGCUUUGGAGGAGGCUACUUCGGUGAAGCUUAUCCCACAAUGUGUGUUUGAAUUUUGGUCUGUGGUGCGUUCGGACCCGUUGGAGGUUGGUUCGUAUGCGCAUGCGCUUAUGACCCAAAUUCGCAAGAGGAAAGGACUAAACGAGCAGAUGACACCGUUGUCUGACUUUGAGGACAAGCCGUAA